GAAGCGUUGGUGGACAUGGGUCAAAUCCAGUACUCCGAGAAGUACUUCGACGACACCUACGAGUACAGGCACGUCGUCCUCCCGCCCGAGGUCGCCAAGCUCCUCCCUAAGAACCGCCUCCUAUCCGAGAACGAGUGGCGCGCGAUCGGAGUGCAGCAGAGCCGUGGGUGGGUGCACUACGCGAUCCACCGCCCGGAGCCGCACAUCAUGUUGUUCCGCCGCCGGAUCAACUACCAGCAACAGGAGGAGGCGGCUGUCGCGCAGAGCUGGCCAAUUGGUCGAUUUGCUGGUGUGUGCCUUGUGUUCAUGGAAAUUCCUGUGAAGGAACUGUCAUGUUAUGGUCAUGGUGAUUUUGCCCAGUGUGUUAGGAAAGAGUAG